AUGAGCUCAUGUGGGUGGAGCGUUGUUUGUUGUGUCCAGUUCUCCGUGGACGGGCGCUAUUUGGCAACGGGGUGCAACAGGUCGGCGCAGAUUUUCGAUGUGAAGACAGGCCGGAAGACGAGGUGCGUGUUCACUCAACUAUCAUUUUCAACCGUUGAGAGAGGUGGGAAGCGUGCUCGUGGACGACGUGAGUGGACCAGCAGGCGACCUCUAUAUCCGGAGCGUAAGGUUCAGCCCGGGCGGGCGGUUCUUGGCGACGGGGGCGGAGGACCGGAAGAUCAGGGUGCGUGUUGCUUCCCUUCAACCGCUUGCUUUCUCUUUCAUUUAUCUCUCUCCUUCCCUCGUUCUUGUCCACUCCCAUAUGGGACAUCACCAAAGGCACCGUCGCACAGAUCUUCAGCGGGCACACGCAAGAAAUCUACUCGCUCGACUUCUCACGCGACGGCCGGGCGCAUCGUGUCCGGCUCGGGCAACCGGACCGCGCGCGUGUGGGACAUGGACGGCGGGCCGCCGCUUAUCCUCGCCGUCGACGAGCCCGCGUCGUCGCCGUCCACCACCCGCGACGGCGGGCGCGAGGGCCCGGACGCGGGCGUGACGAGCGUCGCGCUGUCGCCGGACGGGCGGUACAUCGCCGCGGGGUCGCUGGACAACGUCGUGCGCAUCUGGGACGCGGACAGCGGGGUCCUGCUGGAGCGCCUCCGCGGGCACCGCGACAGCGUCGGGAGCCUCGACAAGACGCUCAAGCACUGGGACGUGUCCGCGCUCGCGGGCGGGGGCAGGGUGAAGACGGAGGCGGGCGCCGCGCCGGAGGGCCGCGCCGUCUGCACGCGGGACUUCCUCGGGCACAAGGACUACGUCCUCUCCGUCGCCGUCUCGCACGACGCGCAGUGGAUCGUGUCCGGCUCGAAGGACCACGGCGUGCAGUUCUGGGACCGCGCGGGCGCGGUGCACGCGCUCCUCCAGGGGCACAAGAACUCGGUCAUCUCGAUCGACCUCAGCCCCGCGGGCGAACCUGCUCGCGACGGGCAGCGGGGACAGCUUGGCGCGGGUGUGGAGCUAUGCGUAGGGGGUGGGUGGUUAGGGUGUGCUUAA